UCCACCAUCCAUCCGCUGGCUUCAUUAGCUCUCGAUCGUUUGCCACGGUCUCACCACUCGCUGUGGUCGUCAUCGUCGACAUUCGGAUCGAGAAGUCAGAUACAAAGUGAAAGUGAUUGAAGAUAGCGGAUUCACUUCCACAUAAAUUACCUUUGGAAAGAAUGUGGAAUAAGAUCGCCUGCUUAUUGGUGCUUUUUUCUCAGAUUGAGGUGAAUUUCUCCAGAUCGGCGAUAGAGACGCCAGUGGACAUCGAUUACGCUUCAGAGGAAAAAUUUAUUCAAGGAGAUGGCUGUAAGAUUUCUUUGGGCAAAGAACUCAAUCUCCAGCAACCAUUUUUUCUUAUCCCGGGAACGGAAACAUUCUACACUCCAUUGCCCAACACCACAGACCUACUGUUCCACAUGGGAGAACAGCUAGAACUAUUCUGUACACGUGGGUUUGCGAAUCCGAGUGUCGAACCGGGCAAGAAGACCUCCAUCAUUACAUCAUGUGACGGAGAUGACGGGUUCAUUCACAAUGGAGAAACUUAUAACAUAACACAACUCACUUGCAAGGGACCGGUAUUCCAUGAGGCUCACCGUACAGGCAACCGUUGUUUCAACGAUGCAAGUUUGGUGAAAAUCGGGUUUGAUAUGGGUUCCCGUUUUGCCAAAAUAUACGAAGCUUGUUUUGACGAAAACACUUUGCAAACAUAUUACGUCAAGCACAGCUUGUACCCCUGGAAUGUGAAACACCAAUCAACGAAGCGGCCGCCUUCAUUCAUUCAAGGUGAUUUUUACCCAUCGCUAAGAGUGACAAAACUUUACAACAUUGAAUCUCAACGGAAAACGUUUGAAAAGAUUCUCGGAUCGCCGGCACGAGCUGAUGCUUUGUUGAACAAUAAGAAAGAUCUAUUCCUAGCACGUGGUCACCUUGCUGCUAAAGCUGACUUUGUGUUCGGCGCUCAUCAGCGUGCAACGUUCUGGUUCAUUAACGUUGCACCACAGUGGCAGAAGUUCAACGCUUUCAACUGGCAGCGUAUAGAGACAGGCGUAAAAGACUUUGUUGCUCGGAACGAUUUGAAUGUAACCGUGUACACGGGAACAUACGGAGUACUGGAACUUCCGGACGCUAAUGGUGAUAUGCAACAGAUCUUCCUGGAUGUAGAUCCGAACAAUGGCGGAAGAAUACCGGUUCCCAAGGUGUAUUAUAAGAUACUACAUGACGAGCAAAACGAUGCUGGUAUCGUGCUUAUCGGUGUGAACAAUCCGCAUGCAACGAUGGAAGAGAUUAAUGAUAACUAUGUGUUCUGUAAGGAUGUUUCCGACAAAAUCAGCUGGCUGAAGUGGAAACGUGAGUUCAUCCCGGGUGGAUACUCUUAUGCAUGUGAUGUAAACGAAUUCAACGCUGUUACCAAUCAUUUACCAUUGAAAACAAUUACCAAUCUUUUGAUAUAGCACAGGUACAGCCAAAUGUUUAUUGUAUAUUGUAUAUAAAUAAAAUGUAGUGCGUCCAUUAAAUGUCUGAAGGCGAUUCAGGAUUAAAAGUAACAAUUUGGAAUGGAAAGUAACGAUCUUUGUUUGU